AUGUCCCAAUCAAUCACCUCAUUGUCCCCUUCAAAGCUCAGAGACCUCAAGUAUGGCGAAACCGUCACCGUCCUAUACAGAGAGUCAGACAACACCGAAGCUCGAGUCUUGAGAGAUGGGUUCCCAAAAAAGUUGGCCAUGGCCUUUUCCAAGAAAUGGAAGGAUGAAUUCCCACCUAUCAACAAGACCAAAACCCAGGACCUCCUCAACUUGGUUCCACCCAAAAAGACCAUCACCAUCGUCGGAGGAAACAUGGUCAUCCACAAGCAUGUCCUCGCCUGGAUGGUGUCUUGCUGCGACGGCAAGGGACUCAAGACCUUCUCCAACCCUCGCUUCAAGGCCUUUGCCUACCUGUACUAUGCCCGAUCCUGCGCCUCGAUCGUCGGUUGUGAGUACCUCGAAAGCAUCCUCGGCAAGCGCAUGGAGACCAUGGCCAACAAUCAAAUCCAUUCCGAGGACGUCCGCAUGCUCUGGAUGGCUAGUCCACCGGACGCCGAGAUGAAGAGAUUUCUAGCCGAGCAUAUUGCAAUUCGCUUCGGGACCGGCACCCUCAAGGCCAAGGGAUCCUACCGCACCUUGAGGGAGGAAGUGCCGAGUUUCAACAAGGCGGUCGACGACAUCUUGAACGCGAAAAAGGCACGAGGCGAGUUGAGUCCGGCGUCUCUGGAACGAAAGAAGAACAAUAGCAACAACAAAAAGAAGCCUGUCAAGACCGCCGCGAACAAGGGGCUCAAGGAGGGUGGUGGCCGUGUUGGUGCUGGAAAUAGUGAAGGGGUGAGCGACGCCAAAAUGGGUGGUGCGGUGCAAGCAACAAAGGUGGUUCGACGAGGGGCCAAGGGUCGACCGAUCUAUGCCAAGUUGGAUCUGGAGUCUGUCUCGGUCACAAAGUGA